GUAGGAGGGGUUGAAGUGACGCUGGCUAGGUCUUUGCAACUGAGCUGAACACUGUUGUUCACCUGCAGUUCAGAAAGGGACGAGCCGGGACGGUCUUUAACAGUGCGUUAUAUUGCUCGCAGGACACUGCGGGAGCAUCCACGAGGUAACGCCGGGGAAUAGGAGCAGCGGCAAAGAGCACGCGCCGAAUCCCUGUUCUGCUAUGCUGCCGUUUCCGACAAAAAUGAAAAUUGUCUGCGCGAUCUUACUGAUGAGCGCCUCUUUACUGGGCACAUCCUGGGGCCUAUCGUCUAAACCGCCAUGCAGACCAGGAUUUUCUGAAAGUUUCUAUUCGGUGUUUGUUUCGAGGGAUAUACUUCAAGGACAGAGCAGUCUCAAAGAUACCGCUGGGCCUUCAGGACGUGUGAUCUUUGAAGAGUGCCAGAACAGUGAACCUGUGGGGUUUGGCAGCCAUGCCCCCAACUUCAGCAUGCAGACCAAAAGCAGGGGUCUGGACACACCCGUCUGGGAGAACACAGUCAAGCUGGCCUUGGUGGAGCACACCCCCUCUCCAACUGUCACUCAGACUACAGAGAAGGAAGGAGUUUCCACUGAGCCCAAGUCCCAACCCAGCAUCAUCAUGUUUCCAUGGAAACAACGGCAGAACCCCAGCAUUCCAAGGAGACAAAAACGAGACUGGGUCAUCCCACCGAUAAACGUGCCUGAAAACUCCAGAGGACCCUUCCCCCAGAUGCUUGUCAGGAUCCGCUCGGACCAGGACCGAGACAUCCAGAUCCGCUACAGCAUCACGGGGGCUGGAGCCGACCAGCCGCCCACCGAGGUGUACAACAUCGACCCUGUGGCGGGAAAGAUGUUCGUCACCAAGCCCCUGGACAGGGAAGAGAGGUCCUCCUACCAUCUCAGAGCCCACGCUGUGGAUAUGAAUGGAAACAAGGUGGAGAACCCCAUUGACCUCUACAUCUACGUCAUCGACAUGAAUGACAACCGGCCAGAGUUCCGCAAGCAGGUCUACAACGGAUCGGUGGAUGAAGGGUCUAAGCCUGGCUCUUACGUGAUGAAGGUUACCGCCAACGAUGCUGACGACGACACCACGGCCAAUGGGAUGGUGCGGUACCGCAUCCUGUCACAGUCGCCGCGCAGCUCCAUCCCGAACAUGUUCACCAUCAACAGCGAGACGGGUGACAUCGUCACCGUGGCCCCCGGACUGGACCGCGAGAGAGUGUCCCAAUACACCAUAAUCGUUCAAGCCACUGACAUGGAAGGCAACCUAAACUUCGGGCUGUCCAACACGGCCACGGCCCUCAUCGCCGUGACUGACAUCAAUGACCAUCCACCGGAGAUGACUUCCAGAACGUUUUCAGGGGAGGUGCUAGAGAACAGAGAGGACCUGGCAGUGGCCAACCUGACCGUGAUCGACCUGGAUCAGCCACACACGCCCAACUGGAACGCGGUCUACCGGAUCAUAGGCGGAGACCCAUCCGGCCAUUUCACCGUCCGCACCGACCCCAUCACCAACAACGGUGUGGUCACCGUAGUGAAGCCCGUGGACUAUGAGAUGAACCGCGCGUUCAUGCUGAACGUGGUGGUGUCCAACCAGGCCCCCCUGGCCAGUGGGAUCCCGUCUUCUUCGCUGUCCACCGCUGGGGUUACCAUCUCCGUGGUGGACGUGAACGAGCCGCCCGUCUUCCCCUCCAACCCCAAAAUCAUCCGCUUUGAGGAGGGCGUUCCCGCCGGGACUACGCUCACCACGUUCUCCGCCAAUGACCCCGACCGCUUAAGACACCAGACUGUCAGGUACGCCAAGCUGUCCGACCCUGCCGACUGGCUCAGAAUUAAUAACACCAAUGGGCAGAUUGUUACCAUGGCAGUACUGGACAGGGAGUCCAUCUACGUGAAGAACAACGUUUACGAGGCUACGUUCCUAGCGGUGGAUAACGGCUCUCCGGUGGCCAGUGGCACGGGGACUCUGCAGAUCCACCUGCUGGACGUCAACGACAACGCGCCCGAGCUGCAGCCCCGGGAGGCGCAGAUGUGCGAGAGGACGCGGACCAACGGCAUCAACGUGACCGCCUCCGACGCCGACGCCGAGCCCAACGUGGGCCCGUUCGUCUUCGAGCUGCCCACCUUCCCGCUCAGCGUGCGCCGCAACUGGACCAUAUCCCGCCUGAACGGUUACUACGCUCAGCUCAGACUGCGGAUCCCACACCUGGAGACGGGCGUGUAUGAGGUGCCGGUCAUUGUGACGGAUUCGGGCAACCCGCCGCUCUCCAACAGGUCGCUGAUCAGGGUGAAGGUCUGCCCCUGCGAUGAGAACGGGGACUGCUCCUCCGUGGAAGCCGUGGCGGCUGCUGGCCUGGGUACAGGCGCCAUUGUCGCUAUACUCAUCUGCAUCAUCAUACUGCUGAUCCUGGUGCUGCUAUUUGUGAUGUGGAUGAAGCGCAAGGAGAAGGAACGUCAAACCAAACAGUUGCUGAUUGACCCAGAAGAUGAUGUCCGAGACAACAUUCUGAAAUACGAUGAGGAGGGAGGCGGAGAAGAGGAUCAGGAUUAUGACCUCAGCCAGCUGCAGCAGCCCGAGUCUCUGGACCACAUCAUCACUAAGCCUCCUGGGGUGCGCCGUGUGGACGAGAGGCCCAUGGUCUCAGAGUCCCAGUACCCGGUCCGACCAGCCCUGCCCCACCCUGGAGACAUCGGGGACUUCAUCAACGAGGGCCUGAGAGCGGCGGACAACGACCCCACGGCUCCGCCCUACGACUCGCUGCUGGUGUUCGACUACGAGGGCAGCGGCUCCACCGUGGGCUCCGUCAGCUCCCUCAACUCCUCCAGCAGCGGCGAGCAGGACUACGACUAUCUCAACGACUGGGGCCCGCGAUUCAAGAAGCUGGCCGACAUGUACGGGGGCGGAGAUGAUGACUAGGUCCAGCACGGACAUGUCCCAAACUGCGCCGUUCGCCCCCCCUCCCCCCCCCCGUCCGCUGAGACGGGACCGUAAAAGGUGGGUCAUCGUAGCCCACCCCCUCCUCCUGCUGACUGGACUCCAAACUCUACGCUCUUUAAAUGGUUUCAUUUCAGUGGCGAGUUUUCGUUUUUUGUCGUCUUGUUUCUGACAUUGUUGUUACUUCUGUUCUUCUGGAAAGGGGCUCAUAGGAGCUCGGGCGUUUCCGUGCAGCAGGGACAAGAGCGACUGCACACCAGAAAAAGUAGAAGAAAUAAAAAUUUUGGUUGUUUUUUCUGUUUAUCACUAAAGUAAGUGUGAGACGCUAUUCUGUCCUAACUUGAAUUCCUCAGAACAGGAGCACUGCUGUUUUAAAGUGCCUUUUGUGGUGUGCUUUAUUGGAUUCCCGCUAUCUCAGGAUUGGUUGCCAUUUGAAUGCUUUUGUGCUCUUUCUGACUCUAUCCCAAUGACGUGAAAAUGUCCCCAUCAGCAACUUGGGUGCAGGUACAUAAAAAAAAAUUGGAACUGCUUGUUAUUUUUGCCUUUUGAGGAAGGAAAGUGGGUGGGAGAUUGUGUGGGGAAAAAAAGUGCUUUGUGCAAGUAGCACACUGCUAUCAGAAGGAGCAAAUCGCUGUUUUAAUAGCUGGGCGGAUUCAAGCUCACAUGCUUAAUCAUGUAUAUAUUAAACCCCUCUUGUCUUUCUGGGGGUGAUUAAAGAGCCCAAAUGAUCCAGCAUUUCUCUCUAAAAUCAUUUGAGGAAAUUUGUUUUUUAAAAUGUAAAGCUUUAUACAGAAGUAGAAUACAGUUUGCCCUGUGAUUUAGUGAAUGGUUUUUGAAUGCCAGACUGUUUCAUACAGUCAAUUGCAGUAUUGCUUUUGCACUUUGUAAAGUUUAUGUAGGCAUGACAUGAAGUUACAAGACUGUAAUUUUUGUAACAUUCUGUAAAACCAACCUGGAGAAAGACGCUAUGGGGAGUAUGUGUGUCUGUGUAUGUAUGUAUGUGCGUGGGUCUGUGUCUGUAUGUGUGUUUAUGUGUUUUUAUCAUUAAUGUAUAAUUCCAGAACAGUUUGAUUAAUGAAGUCCAGACCUGCAUGACCAGCAGUCCACCAGAAGGUUUUAGCAUGGCACUUACUCUGUGAUCAGAUUUCAGAAAGUGGUUCGCGUAAAAAAAAUAUAUUAGCUGUCAAAAAAUAUUUCAAUGUUUAAUUUGACAGUGUGAGAUUGUUUCCUCACACUGAGGCUGGUCUAUCAUGUGCCCUCGUAAGUCUGAAUAUCAGCUCUCUUCUGCAGGCAGAACAUAGCAGUGUAGGACUCCACUACUUCACUGAUUAUAAACGUGGUGGCUAGUGCUGUUUCCGUUUUCUCUUUAUCUCAUCUACCUUUCUGUGUCUAUUUUCACUGAACUGAGAUCUUUCAAGUUUGAGAUCUUUCAAACUGAAACCAGCAGUUUGAUUUCAGUCCCUGAGUAACAAAGAUAUACAGUAAGUGCAUUUCUUUGAUCUAUUCAUUUCAAUCUGGGUCUGUAGUUAUGCUUUUCCAGGUAUUAUUCAUAUAUGAAGCAUCUUACCGUAUGAGAAACCUCAGUAAAAUGAAAAUGAAAUGCAGCAUGUCAUUUAGGUAUGCCGUGGCAUUAUUACUUUAUGCUAUGCAUUGUGCUGUAUCAUGCUGUAUUAUAAUGUACAGUUAUUUUAUGUUACAUGUUGCUCAGCUAUUCACUUAGUAACAGACUCUACAGCACCACUCUCCUGGGUGGAGAAUGAGUAAAAAGUAGACCCAUAAAAAUGUGUUCAUUUGGUGCGCACUGGAGGCUAUAAAUUAAAGAAAGAUGUGAGUUUCUCCACAGUGCUGGUUUGCGAUUCAGGAAGCCUUCUGGAACCGGAUCUAUCAAUUAACUAGGUGAUCUUGUCAGCUUUAUGUCCUUAAAUUCACUAAGAUGUGAGAUAGAAUAACUUAUCUCUGAAAGGUUGGAGAGAGGAAGUCAGGAGGGCAGAAAUGGGAGAUAGGCAGAGAGAGGAAAAGGGAUGGAGAUUAAAAGAGGAUCGAGAGAGCCACGAACCUCCGUGAUUCUCAUUCCACUUAAUUGUCGGACUGAUUGGAUGACAGAUGCUGUAAUAAUCGCGCGGAUGUAGCCUCUGUCUUUUUGAGGGGAAAAACAUGAAAUGAAACAAAGAAGUGCAAAUUGUGCCGCGUUUGCGUGAGAAACGGACACAUACUCAGAACAAAGGGAUGGAGGGGAGAGCUAAAUUAUCAUGCGAUGAAGCCACUGGAGGAGGCAGCUUUGAUCUCGGAGCGAGCCGCUCUGUGUCCCGCGAGCGCAAACGGGCAGCGCUAAUGAAGAGGUACCGAGUUCGCCCCAGCACUGCUCUGCCAGGACAGGCCAUUCAGGGGAUGGUUGUGCACCUCAGAAUUUAGCGACAGCGCUAAUGUGAGCGGGGGGCGGACCCAGGUGCGUGAGCCGGGGCCACGGUCCCGCUCGACGGGUACAGGGCAGGAAGCGCCGGCCUUCUCAGAGCUCUUCAGACCGCUCAGAGGCGAAACCCACUCGUAUUUAUUUAUUUUUUCUGCUUUCGUUUUGUUAUUUUCCUCAUGUCCAUAUUAUAUAAUUUUUUUAUCUUUUCUCAAAUAUUUAUCUACUUAAAAAAAAAAAAAAACAUCUAUAAAAUUUUAAUGAAGGAUUUCAUCUUUUGCUUUUUUUCAUAGUUUUUUCAUUCUUUUUGGAUGACGUGGGCAUUUAUUUGCUCCGUUUAAUUAAUUAAUUAAUUUAUUUUCUGAGACGCUCUGAGAUGUGUGAAGGGAAUUAAGCAUCUUCAUGGCUGCCUUUAUACAAGAAGCUGUAGCAUGCUUCUGCCACUCUGAUGAGUUCAGUGCCUCCCUCCAUGGCUUACCCACUCUGGGGGUUGCGGUGUCCUCACAUCGUAGCUAAAUAAAUCCUGCUUUGAGACCACAGCUUCUCUCCCAGUGCAUUAACUCACAAAAUGGAUGACGUUUUGGUCAACUUGACAUUCUAAAAAACAUGAAACUGCACACCAGCAUGCUCAUGGUUAGUGCAUCCCUGAACCCCAGACCCGUACCCUAUUACAGAUGCAACAGAGUAUAAGCCAUACUGACCUGGUGAGAUGGCUGAUAUUGAUAUAUAUCAAUAUUAAUAUUAAUAUCGAUAUAUGGCUGACAUUGAUGGAAAAAUAUGAUGUUGACGAAGCUGCUAUAUUUCAGUAGGUUUUGAAGAAAAAGUGUUAUGCACAUGCCUGAGUGCACCAGUAAUGGAAAAAAGACUGCAUUUACUUCAGCAGUUCAAACUGCAUGUCUGUUCAGAACUCCCUGCUGUGCGAGCCUUACUCGAGAGGAAGAAAAUGCUAAGUAAGACAACACGCAUUUAACCCUGCUGAGCCAGACUGCAUUUUAUACAAGGAGCCAUUGUAGUUAGCACCAGACACUCAGCUUUCUUGCGACAGCUCUGGAUGAACAGGUGAGCUAAUGGGCUCUUACCGGCUGUCAUGUGGACAGGGCCUGACUCAUAAAAACCUUAAAAACUCUUCAGUUCUCUCGCUGUCAUUGCCCCGGUCUUAAUUAACAUAACAGUCCGCGGAAGUUGUUUGAGUGAUUUAAUUGAGAACUGGACAUGGUAAUGAAAAUGAUGUGUGUGUGUGUGUGUGUGCGUGUGUGUGUGUGUGUGUGUGUGUGUGUGUGUGUGCGUGUAAACCUAUUACAGAGUGAAGUCCUACUGAGACAUCCAUCCAAUCAGAAAUGCAUUCUGGAUAUAAUCACAUUAUAUACAUUAUGUAUUGGAUGCACCUCAUAAUUAUGCUUGCAUAUAAUGCAAUGUGUAUUUUGCAUAAAAUUGCAUUUAUUAAUACAACAAAUAAUGUAUAGAGAAUCUUCAUUAUUAAUAUUAUACUUCUCAUAAGCACACACACACUCACACACACACAGUAGAACCUCUGGGGUAUGAGGCCAUGAGGAAAGGAAGUUGUUUGGAAAGGUGAAAGGUUUAUACCUUUGAUAGCAAAAUAGAUUGUAAGUUAGUAAUUCAUUUUGAAAAUAUUUUUGUCUUGAGAACAAUACAUCUCCAUUUCAGUGAUAACACUCCCUUUGUCCUUUUUUUGUGAAAUGUAAUUUGAUUUAAUUGUGGCCCCUUUAUACUUUAUACUACUCUUAUAAUUUUGAGAGUAGAUUAGUGUUCAUCUAUGCGACUCAUUCUGCUUUAUUGUUUGCCUUUUUGAAUCAGUGAUAAAAAAGAAUGUGUACAUUAUGCUAAUAGGGUUUCCAUACCUCUCUGAGAGUUCAACUGUGUGUGUAUGUAUACACACAGGUGAUAAAUAUAAAGUUGUGGUACUGCAUAGUGUCUCUUAAGUCAAUCGAUGAAGUCAUAUUUCAAUAUCAAGAAAAGAUUUAAGAGGAUGAAGAAUUUUUCAUCAGGACAAACUGAAUUCUGUACCAAACCUGUCUCAAGCUUGACCAAGUCUAAUUUUAAAAGCUUCCUUCUGAGUGUGACAGACGAUUUGGGAGAUUUUGGCAGGAGAUGCCUUUCAUUUCAAAGUGUUAUAACAGGAGCAACCUGGAAGAGGAAGCUGUGCAUUAUCCUCUGCUCAUAUUUCACACCUGAAAUAGUGCUACAUGCUCCUUUGCUCUAUGCGUGGGCAUGUGUGCAUCUUUGUGUGUGCAUGUGUUUGUGCUUGAACACACCUGUGUCUGAACAGGCGUUUGUGUGUGUGUUUGUGUGGAAGGGAUUGACUAUGUGUGUGGGAUUGUGUGUAUGCAUGUGUGCAUGCAUUGUGAGUGUACAUGCAUUUCUUUGGCCGAGGAACAGCACAUGGUGGAAUAUCUCCACAGCACCCCGUGUGGCUAGUGUGGGACUUACUCUACCAUGACAGUUCCUGCUAUAAUCAGUUACAAUCGAUUAUAUUGGCCUUCUGAAGCAGGAGAAAGGCUAAGCUGCUAAAGACUGCAGCCCUAAAUCUCACACAAGCCCUUGAAUAGAGCAGAAUUCUAAAUAGGACACUCCAAAUGGAAUAAGGAUAGCAUUAAGGUAAAUUCACUCAAGUUUAAGGAAGUUAAUGUUACUCACAUCCUGUGUGUACAUAAUGUAGAAAUGCUUGAAACUAAAAGAAAGUUAGGCAAAAUGUACAUGUACAAUUGGAGCUUUUUUGCAUGACUUUUUAUAACUGAAAAAUUAUAUAACAAUGAUUAUUAUCUUGAAAUUUAACGUAUUGCAGCUCGCAUGACAGUGGUUGUUCUCUGAAUGGAAUUCUGACAUGUUCCACGCUUACACUGGUUAAAGAGGAAAAACACAAUCAUUACAAAGUUAAAGAUUAACAGACAUUUUUGUACACUGUCAACAGCACAAAUAUUUUGUAAUGUUGUUUGUACCAUUUUGUACCAAAAAAUGUAUAGAAAAAACACUCAAAGGUUUAAAAAAAAAAAAGGGACAAGAGUUUCUUGGUUUUGAGUAUGUGUUUCUUGUGCCAGCGCAGUCCUUGGUUCCAAAAACAUAAGCAGGCUUGUUGAUUCCUUGUGUACAAUAAGAAUGGAGCUGGCCACCUGAUGUCAGUUUCCCUGUGUUAUAAAUAAAGUACCCUCCUUUUGAA